UUCACAAAUACCAAGCUGUAAACUUCAUUUUCGCACCACACAUCCUGCAGGGGAAGAUGUCCUUCUGUGUCGUACUCACUACCCUUUUUGCCCUUUCUCUUGCUGUGGCUGAAAGAGAAGACGUUCAGACGGUGUGUGCCGGAAAAGAAUUUCGUCUGCCAGUGUACUCGACAUCCAGAACAGUGACUUUUACACCAAACCCUGAGGGACCAAAGCGUGUCUUGCUGGAAAAAACCACAGUAAAAGACCCACGGUUCGAGUGGACAAGAGAUAAGAUGUUAGUCCUGAAAGAAGUAACUCAUAGUGAUCAGGGACUUUAUGCCAUCAAACUGUUCUCUGGAUUCACCUACGAGACUGUUCGUCUGAUGGUUUCAGAAUGCAUUAAGUCCUACAACAGAAACUAUGGGGAGAACUUUGAGCACAACAUCCCUGAACAUGGCUCCCUGCUGGAGUUUUCUCCCUGGGUUGCUUCACCUGAGGUCAUGCCCAUUGUGCUUUGGAACCGGACAGACCCUGGAACCAGUGAUGCGGGGCGGGGACGGCUGCUGCGGGGCGGGAAGGUAUGGGCGGCCGAGAGAGUGACGCAAGUGGACCAAGGCGACUACACUGUGAGAGACACACAUGGGAAGGUGCUGUCCCGCAGCACCCUCACUGUCCACGGGCACUCCUUCAGUGUCACCCGCUUCACCAAGGAGUCUCUAAAUCUGCCCCUCUUUCUUCCUGUCCCUCAUGCCCACCUCAUUUUUACCCCCACCCGAAAUCCUGAUGAAUCCUCCCCACGGGGCCCUGUGCAGCUGAUCCGUGAGGGCCACAUAACAGACCAUGACAUCCGCUACAGGGGCCUUAUCUCCCUGGGCAGGAAUGGUAGCAUCAAUGAGGUUGUCAUAGCGAGGCUAACCUCAAGGCAUGAUGGGGUGUAUGAAAUCAGAGAUGAAGAUGGCAACCUGGUGUCCUCCACCAUCUUGCAAGUGAUCGAAAAGGGGGGCAGAUGGCGAGCACUCCUCAAGUCCAUCACUGUCCCUUCUGGGAUGUUUCUGUCACUGGUUGGUGUCAUCCUGUUCUUGAAGCGCUACCCAUGCUGCAGCCUGUCGCGGAUCAUCGCUGGCCUCAGAGGGAACCGCACACCACCAGCCGACCCUCCGAGAGUGGACAUCCAGGACUACAGCCAGCCCAGCCCUGAGCCCUCAGGCUACUACAGUCACUCUCAGCAGCCUGUCACACCAAGAAAAUUGACCCCAAGGACCAGUCCUACACAUACUGGUUAUACUCCAGUUAUGGUUCGAACUGUGAGAGCUGAGAAUCAGGAAACACACAGAUUAACAGCUGGGAGCUCCCCUAGUCGUAACUCAAUCAAUGAGAAUACAUCUAAUGAGGAAGAGAAAAAUAUUUCCUUUUCAGUACCUGGGGCUACAGAUUGCCUACAUUUCUUCGAGGACUGUGUUCAAUUCCAGAUCAAGAAAGAUGGAAAUAAGGAAAGGUGGAGCAAAUCACAAGAAUACUUUUCCACACUACCACUAGACACAGACAUUUCUGAAUCCUGCAGUGUUUACACUUCGGAUAAACUGAACUUCUUAUAAAAAAAAACAAAAAAAACAAAACAAGAGCAUUGGAGCUGAAAUGAGGAAAGAAGAAAUGUGAGGUGUGGAGAAACAACAGUUUUGGAUUCUCCAAUGGAAAAGAAAGAUUUCUCCUGUGCCUUUUGCAUCUUAGUGUAGUUCUAAUGGUUUGGUAUCAAUAUUGCAUGCAAUUUUUUCAUGUAAUUUUACUAAAGCAUGAGUGGAGCAUUAGCCUUCCUGAAAUCUCCUGCUGUUACCUACCUCCAGACCCUCAGGACCAAUAUUUCCUGCACUGUAUUUGCUGAGUGUCUGCACCUGUAUGUUUGUGUGCAUAAUAGGGCUAUGUAGACAAAGCUAUGAUACAAAUGUUUGCGAAAGGGAAUUUUUAAGCACUGUACCUACAGUAACGUAGGUUUAUUUGAAGUGGUUUUCUCCAUCCAUCGUGUUAAUCAUUCCUCACUGCAACAACAAUUAAUUAUCAUGUUAAAUGUCUGUUUGUUUGUUUGUUUGUUUGUUGAUUUUAUAAUAACAUAGUGCAUUAACCCCUAAGGUAAUUGUAGUAAUGGUUAUGUGAAAUGUAACAUGUUCCACCAAAUAUUGCAAUAGCCUAUUGAUUUGUUAACUUUGUGCACAGGAUAAUAUCAUUGUCACCACAUUGUUUUAAUGACAAAAGAGGCUGGACUGCUGCUUUUGCUAUAUCAAACUGUCAUCUCUUAAUCAAUAAAAUUUAUCUUUAACACACAUUGA